CAUAACGUAAUAAGUUAACUGCAGUACUUUAACAAGCUCAAAAAUGUCAAUGAUUCCACAUCACUAUAGUGGAAGAAGGGGUGGAGGCAUUUUCGAUCCCUUCUCAUUAGAGGUAUGGGAUCCAUUCAAGGACUUCAAUCGCCACGGCCUCUCACCAAUGCAUCAUAAUUCUGAGCUAAUGAGGGACGCAUCUUCUUCAUUUGUGAACACUUGUAUCGACUGGAGAGAAACUCCAGAAGCUCACAUUUUCAAAGCGGACGUUCCAGGGCUGAAAAAGGAAGAAGUGAAGGUUGAAGUUGAAGAGGACCGGGUUCUUCAUAUAAGCGGCGAAAGGAGCAGAGAAUUGGAGGAGCAUAAUGAUAUGUGGCACCGUGUCGAACGGAGUAGUGGUAAGUUUAUGAGACGAUUUAGGCUGCCGGAAAAUGCCAAGAUAGGUCAAAUUAAGGCUUCAAUGGAACAUGGUGUUUUGACUGUUGUUGUCCCGAAAGAAGAAGCUAAGAAACGUGAUAUAAAAUCUAUUCAAAUCUCUGGCUGAAUUAUUCAACCAAUUUUAUGCUAGCAUCGAUUUAGUGAAUAGUACUGUUUCAUUAAUGUUAUUGAGAAAGAGAGAGAGGAUUGAUCAUCUUGAUAUCUGUCAAGUCAUAUUGUGAUGGAGUAAUAAAGUAGUGAUCCUGUUAGUCUCAA